CGCGCGUGUGUGCCCCCCACCACUCUCUCCCUCUCUCCGCACUUUGAAAACUCUGAAAACCUCUCGCUCUCGCGAGCGCGGCCGGCCACCCAUCCCUCCGUAGCCAGAGCGCACUACAGCCUUUCUCCCUCUAAAAAUGGAAGGCGGGCGAGGCGAGGACGAGCACGGCCUUCUCGUCAAUUGAUCGUCAAGCCGAGGGAAGAAGCUAUUCUAUUUGGGCUGAAUCGGAUUAGGGAAGAAGAAGAAGAAGAAGAAGAAGAAGAAGAUGGAUCAGUACGAGGUGCUGGAGCAGAUUGGGAAGGGCUCCUUUGGCUCUGCGCUCCUGGUGAGGCACAAGGUUGAGAAGAAGAGGUACGUCCUGAAGAAGAUCCGGCUCGCCCGUCAGACCGUCAGGUGCCGUCGAUCCGCGCACCAAGAGAUGGAGCUCAUCGCAAAAGUAAGGAGCCCUUACAUUGUGGAGUACAAAGAUUCUUGGGUGGAGAAGGGGUGCUAUGUGUGCAUCGUGAUCGGUUACUGCGAGGGAGGGGACAUGCUAGAGGCCAUUAAGAAGGCUAACGGCAACCAUUUCUCGGAGGAGAAACUCUGUGUGUGGCUUGUGCAGCUGCUGAUGGCGCUUGAUUACUUGCAUGCCAAUCAUAUCCUUCAUCGAGAUGUCAAGUGUUCAAAUAUAUUUCUUACAAAGGACCAAAAUAUACGGAUCGGUGAUUUUGGGCUGGCCAAAGUAUUGACUUCUGACGAUUUAGCUUCGUCAGUUGUAGGAACUCCCAGUUACAUGUGCCCUGAACUUCUUGCCGACAUUCCAUAUGGCUCCAAGUCCGACAUAUGGUCGCUAGGCAAGUAUUCCUAUCUGAUAUUCAGUUACAUGUCUUGCUCCGAUCGUCGCAAUGUUCUCUUGGCUAAACAUGUGCAAUUUUCAGGAUGCUGCAUCUAUGAGAUGACUGCGCUGAAGCAUGCAUUCAAAGCAUUUGAUAUGCAGACACUGAUAAACAAGAUUAACAAGUCUGUUGUCGCCCCUCUACCGACUAUAUAUUCUGGUGCAUUUAGGGGACUCAUCAAAAGCAUGCUGCGCAGAAAUCCAGAUCACAGACCGAGUGCUGCAGAUCUGCUAAACCAUCCGCAUCUUCAGCCCUAUGUGUUGGAAAUCCAAUCGAAAUCAAGUCUGGCUCCCAAUAUGUUCCCAGCUAUACUUCCUAACAAACAUGAAAAAAACAAGACUGCGUGUUCUGAUGAUGAAGACAAUUGCAAACCCCAAUAUGUUAAGAGUCAUUCAUUUAAAGUACAUAGGAUUGUGGAACUUGUCAAUGCCACCGCUAACCAUGGCCGUCCUCAGUCUACCAGAACAGCAAAAGAUUGUUCAAAACCGCUUCAUCAAGAGAUGGUUCAGUUACCAGUCCAGGUCACCAAGGAAGUUGUCAAAGAAGCGAUGCAUGAUAAACAUUCAAAAGAAACAAGAUCACCGGCACGCACUCCACGAAGGGCGUCCUCGACUCCUAGGAGACGGCUAGAACCUGCAAAAACAUUUCAUGCUAGAACAGCUCACAAAGAGGAGCAGCAGCAGCCUUCCCCAUCAAGGUCUUCAGAAGACCAGACAAUACAAGCUACACGGCGAGCAUCACUUUCCCCACACAUGUUCAAAGCUCCUGAGAAGAAGCGACUCGUCGACAUUCUUACCAGAUUGAAGUCUCCUGAUGUAUCAGUUAACGCACCUCGAAUCGACAGAAUUGCUGAAUUCCCACUGGCAUCGUCUGAAGAUCCAUUGUAUCCCAUCAUGAAGCUCUUGCCACCAUCUAUCACUGACAAAUCAAUCACCAAGGACAAAUGCACUUUCCAAGUGCUCCGAGGGGACGGUGAAAGCCACACCAACACUCGUGAUCUGAACCUGCUCAGUAUCGACAAUAAUCAACUCGGAAGUUCGUCUGAUUGGAGGCAGAAGAGGUUCGACACGACAUCCUACCGGCAGCGAGCUGAGGCUCUAGAGGGCUUGCUUGAGUUCAGUGCCCAGUUGCUCCAACAAGAGAGAUUUCAGGAGCUGGGGAUCUUGCUAAAGCCUUUUGGACCUGGGAAGGCGUCUCCAAGAGAGACAGCCAUAUGGUUGUCAAGGAGCUUCAAAGAAACGGGAUUAUAAGGGGGGGGGGGCUCGAAAGGAAAACAUAAACCCACAAUAAUUUGCAUUUUAUUAGCUUCAGGCUGUACAGUUCCACUGUGUAAACACCCCACCCACCUCCCUUGUGGACCAGUACUCCAAUUUUCUGACCUGAAAUUGUCUUGUGAAUACAACUCCAAAACCAUGUUGACAUUUUGAGAAAAGAACAGUUCUUGGAUGUACUUCAAUACUAGGAGUAUAAGUUAUCUGAAGAUUUUGCUGAUAUCUGAAUAAAGUUGUGCGGCUGUUCUUGUUUU